AUGUCAUAAACUCCGAAUUUAAAAAUCGAUGAUGUAAUUGAAAAUUUUUAAGUAAAAGCCUUUUUAGGAAGUGGGUCAUUUGGAGCAGUAAAAUUUCGAUAUCAAACUAGGUUUAUAAAGUUAUUGAUCCUAAUGGAAACGUAUAUGCUCUUAAAUGUAUAUUUAAAAGCCGUUUUAGUGAAGCGAAAGGAUGGGUGGGAAGUUUAAUUAUGAAUGAAGUAGAAGCAUUAUAAAAACUGGAUAAUUAAUAUAUUGUUAAUUUAAUAACAACUUUUAAUUUUGAUUAUGAAGGCUAAACUCUUUUUUGUAUAUUAUUAGAAUUUUGUGAUGGUAAAUAUACAAUUCUUUUCUUUAGGUGGAAAUCUUAUGGAUUAUUAGAAUAAAAUGUAAAAUACAUUUGAUUAAUAAAAUGCAAUCAUAUUUUUCAAAUAAAUUCUAUAAGGAAUGAAAGAAAUUCAUUAAAAAAGGAUCAUUCAUAGAGAUCUUAAAUUACCUAAUAUUUUGAUACACAAUAAUUAAAUAAAAAUUGCAGAUUUCGGUUUCUGUCAUUUCUUAAAUUUAGAUGUAAACUAUCUAUGAUUUAAAGUUAAGACAAGCAGCAUUAAUUUAAAUUUAGGUUCUCUUGGUACUUAAGCACCAGAAAUUAUCGAUAAUCAACCCUAUGGUUUAAAAUCAGAUAUGUUUUCGAUUGGAGUCAUUCUAUACUAAUUAUUAUUUUUUGAUUAUCCAUUUAGUGAGAAGAAUGAGAAGGAUUUUAUAAUAGAUGUUACAAAUAACAGUAUUUAUUUAUAGAAUUCUUUAGAUCCACCUUCUUUUUAGAAAAAUGGAAGAGUAGUAGAAAAAUAUUUGGAAGAUUUAUUAACAAAAAUGUUGAAAAAAGAUCCAGCUCAAAGAUUAGAUUGGCCUGAUCUUUUUAAAUCUAAGUUAUUUACAAAUAGUUAUUCAAGUAUUCUAAAAAUCAUAUUAAGAAAUUUUUGGUUUAUCAACUAUUGAUGAUGAAAAUAUAAUAGAUCCAGUCUAAAGCAUUAUUUUUUAUGAAUAACAGAUAUGUAAUAAUUAUAUAUAGUCUAAUAUUUAAAAAAUUGAUUAAGAACCUACUUAUAUUAAUCUAGUAUCUCAAAUAUCAUUUUUAACAUACACUUAAGAAUUUAGUUAUAGUGUUUAUCAUAGAUAAGUUUUAAUGGUAAAGUAAAAAUAAAUAUUUAGUGUCUAUUUCCAUGUUUCCUAAUUCACAAAUUACUAUAUUAAAAAUAAUAGGAAUACGAGGAUUAAAAUAAAAAUAAGAUUUAUGAUAUCACUACUACCCAUUAAAUUCUAACAUAUCAACAUUAAGUUGUAAUGUAAUUGACUAUUUUAUUCUUUAGGGCAAAUUAUGCUAAACUUAAAAAAUUAAAUAUUAUUUAAGAAAAUUGGGAACCUGAAUUAAUAAAUCUAUAAUAAACUCAAUAAUUUCUAAAUAUAUUAUCUGAAGCGAUUUAGAAAUAUUUAACAAACUUAAGAUAAGAAAUCAUAAAAGAUACAGAAUAAUAUGGUAUUGAUUGGUAAUAAAUUUUAAUUUUUGAUAAUGAUUAAAAUAAGUAAGAAAGACAAAAUGUGCUUUAAAAAAUCAAAUUUUUUAUCUUAAUACAUAAAGUUCUCUUUUUAAAAGAAUUAGAACAGGAACUAUUUGAUUUAUUAGUCAACAACCCUCAAACAAAUACAAAAUAAUUAAUAUUUAUUUAUUUUUAAAUUAAAUUAACAUGA